AUGGCAUUUCCUCCGCUCGAAAUCCAACAGCUCGUGGCAGAAAUCGCAGCCAUUCUCAGAAAUCGCAACCAGACGCUUGCGAUCUCGGAAGCUGCCUGCGGAGGCCUUUUGUCGGCAUACAUUGUCUCGGUCAACGGAGCACUGGACUUCUACAUUGGUGGUAAAUUGGUAUAUCUGAUGAAACAGAGACUUAAACUUUCGGGCUUACUGGACUCAGAAAUAAGCUCAUAUAUGGGGCCUCUGGAGCAGGUUGUGCUCCGGUUGGCUCGUACGGCCAAGUACGAAUUAGGUUCUACAUAUGUGCUUUCCGAAACCGGCUUUGCAGGACCCACCACAGACUUGCAUCUUCGGCGCGAUAACGACUCUGUUUCUGUGCCGGUGGGGACGGUUUACUUGGGCAUUAGUGGUCCCGAGGGCGAGAAAUCCAUGUCGUGGGCUACUGGAAAUGUUGUCCGGUCUGAGAACAUGGAGGCGUUUGCCAAGAGGGGACUUGAGUUUUUCUUGGAUCACUUGAGGCUGCAGACCUAG